UGUAACACACACACACACACACACACACACACACACACACUUGGAGGAAAACACAGUCCACUCGUGAAGACACGCAGCACUGAAGUGAUUGGUACCAUGAAGGGGCUUCUGCUCCUGUGUCUGCUCCUCUUGUUUGGAGGUCAAAGGUCAUCCGCCUGUCCUCACCCUUGCUCCUGUCAUGGCAGUCAGGUGAAUUGCAGCAGCAGGUCUCUCACCUCUUCCUCGCUGCCCAUCAAUUUCCCUGCAGGCACAACUUCCCUCUUCCUCCAAAACAACCGACUGACCCACCUCCCUAAUGGGUUCCUGGAGGGUCUGACCUCUCUCCGCUCCGUCUCUCUCCAUGGAAACCCCUGGGAGUGUAACUGUGGCGUCCUCUACCUGCGCGCCUGGCUGCUGCGUCAGCCCACCUCCCUCACAUCACAUCAGGGCGUCAACUGCAGCUCCCCUCCUGGCCUGAGGGGGCGGCUGGUGGUGCAUUUAAUGGAGAAGGAGGUCCUGGAGUCCUGCCACUACUGGUAUUGCGACCUGGCUCUGGCCUCGCAGGUGUGUCUGUUUGUGUUUGUGGUGUUGCAGGCGGCUCUACUCGUGGCACUCAUCGUGUUUCUAAAGAGGUUUGAGAGGCUCUCCAAAGAGGCGAGGAGAACCACGGAGGAGAGCUUCACAGUGGGGGAAAGUCUGAGGGAUAACAACUAAAAGGACAGCAGCAUCUGACCAGCAACUGUGGUGUGUUAGAUCCAAAAAAAUGGGAAGAAUAUCGGUUUAUUUAUUUACACACUGGAAAGAAAAUGUAUGUAUUGUUUUGUUUUUCAGAAUCUAAAUUUCAUUUGUGCAGAGGCAGGCAUAGGUUGAUAAAUGAAUGGGCUCCUAUUGACUCCAUAUAUAAAACAUCAUUUAAUGAGACUAUACCAACCACAAAGAUACUCAAAAUGACCACAAAGGAGGAGGGGGUAUUUGUGAUGGCCCAACCCCUGACUAGCACAAUUUGUCAACCAUCUGUGACCAUUCGUCCUAUACCACUAUAGAAUAGCCUAUAAUAAGAAAGAUGUCAAAUGAUCUGCACUAAAGCUCAACCAAAAUAGAUUUUUUUUAUGCUGAAUGUUGUUAUUUGAGUGUGAAAUUACCUUCUGUAUCGGAUGAUAUUAUUUUUCAACAUUGUACUUUUUUUGACAAGAGUCCUGAAAAUGUGGCAAUUAAACUGUUGUGACUAUUACAUGUACUAAAAAAGACAUUUAACAGUUGGAAAAUAAAAGUGCCAGUACUGUCUGGUGGACAUACCA